UUGGUAUUAAAAUAUUGGUAAUUGGAAUUUGCCAUUAUUAGCUUAGGGAAGUGCACAAUUCCUCUUGAACCCCAUAACUUAGAUUAGAUUUGAAGAGAAAAGAAAAGAAAAGAUGUUGUGUCGAAUGAAGAGGAAGAGGAAGAGUGGGGUUGUUCCUGUAUACCUGAAUGUAUAUGAUCUGACACCCAUCAAUGGAUAUGCUUACUGGUUUGGCCUUGGUGUUUAUCAUUCUGGGGUUCAAGUUCAUGGAGUUGAAUAUGCAUUUGGUGCUCAUGAGCAUCCGACUACUGGGAUAUUUGAAGUGGAACCGAAGCAAUGCCCUGGUUUCAUGUUUAGAAAAUCGAUUCUUAUAGGGAGAACAGACUUGGGUUCAAAAGAGGUACGUGCAUUUAUGGAGAAACUGGCAGAGGAGUAUGUUGGCAACUCCUACAAUCUAAUCACAAAGAACUGCAACCAUUUCUGCACUGAUGUAUGCGUUCGUUUAACAGGGAAGCCAAUCCCUCGAUGGGUGAAUCGACUCGCCCGACUUGGCUUUCUGUGCAAUUGUGUUCUCCCAGCCAGUUUGAAUGAAACAAAAGUCCGGCAUAUUAAGGCAGAAGAUACGACCAUCGAGAAGAAAAAACUACGAAGCCAUUCAAGUAGGUUUAUAGCCUCGUCUAAUGCACCUAGUUUGCCCACUCGUCCUUCAGGAUCCGCAUCAAGUAGUAGACAACGAAGUCGUCAUCCUCCAGCUGUUCCCUUGAUUCGUUCAACCUCACCAUCAGUAUUGAAGCUUUAGCGAUGGCUUUCUUUCAUCGCGCGAUAGGCUUUCAUAGAACUAAACAGGGGAGGUGAAAAAGAAAAGUCUGAUUGUUUUUCUUGAUAUCGCUGUUUACAUUAAAAAGGAAGCUGCUUGGAAAAAUAUGUGCAGCAUUUGUGUAUCUGUAAAUUAGACGAAACAUAUGAUCGAUUUUCUGAUAAUUGUAAAGCGUUCCUUUGUUUUUU